UAAAUAGAGAUUAGCAGAAGAAAAAGCAUAAAAGGCAUAGAAAUCUGGAAGAAACAGGAAUGGCUGCGCUUGGGAACCAAUCAGAUGCUGCCUCAAAAGAGGAAGAGGCCAUGGUUGCCCAACCUAAACCUCAGGAGCGAUCCAUUUCCAACAUCGUCAUCGUCAUUGCUAUGCAGACGGAGGCGCUUCCCGUUGUCAAUAGGUUCCACCUCAUCGAGGACCCUCGCUCUCCGUUUCCAGAAGGCGUUCCUUGGGUCCGUUAUCAUGGCACAUACAAAGAUCUCCAUAUAAACUUGAUUUGGCCUGGAAAAGAUCCUGCUCUGGGGGUUGAUAGUGUGGGCACAAUAUCCUCUGCUCUUGUAACAUAUGCUGCUAUUCAAGCAUUGAAACCAGACUUGAUCAUAAAUGCAGGCACUGCUGGUGGCUUCAAGGCCAAAGGAGCUAGUAUUGGUGAUGUUUUCAUUGUAUCAGAUUGUGCCUUUCACGACAGAAGAAUACCCAUACCUGUUUUUGAUCUGUAUGGAGUUGGUUUGCGUAAAUCCCUUGAAACACCCAACCUUGUAAAGGACAUUAAUCUAAAGAUAGCUAAAUUGUCUACUGGUGACUCUUUAGAUAUGACACAGCAGGAUGAAUCAUCUAUCAUUGCGAAUGAUGCCACAGUUAAAGAUAUGGAGGGAGCAGCCGUUGCUUAUGUUGCUGACCUACUGAAAGUACCUGUAAUUUUUGUAAAAGCUGUGACUGAUAUCAUUGAUGGUGACAAACCAACUGCAGAAGAAUUCCUGCAGAAUUUAGCAGCUGUAACUGCUGCACUUGAUGUGGCUGUCGAACAAGUUGUUAAUUUUAUGAAUGGAAAGUGCAUAUCUGAACUCUGAAAGCCCAAUUCCACCUUUCGAGUUUUGUUAUAUGCAAUGGUGCACGGUGUGCUUCAAUUGUACACUACCAUUAUUUAUUGGGAAUUUGUGGGAUUUAAGCAAAAAUAGAAACUUGUACACUAUCUCUCUUUUGUACUGUUCUGGCUGUGCCAGGCCGUAUAAUUUAUCUGGCAAAGAAACAUUUACAAUGACAUCCUUUAGUAAACCGCAUAAAACAUUGUGGUUAAUUAUUGUCUGAAGUUUUAAAAUAAUGAUGAAAGAUUGAAACGUCCUUGUUCAUGGUUGCCGAAAUUUGUUUGGGAUC